ACGCCCUUAGCGUGUGAAUAUUUACACUUUGAACCAAUGAAAAACGAGCUGGGGGAAAAUCAAAGAAAACUUCAGCCAACCUCCUCCCUCCCAAAUACCUUUCCUGUGAAGAGACCUCACUCGAGCCUAUAUAGCCCCCUAUCCCUUACGAUUGGAACCACUUGAUUCUCCGUUAACAACAGGGAGAGUGAAUUGGGUGACUUAAUCAACAGGGGACUGGGACUUUUAAUCGAUUCCUUAUAAAGCCUGUGAUUACAAAGAUCCAACCCUGGAGUUCCUGGACAGAAUGGCCCCAAUUGCCACUGAGUGCCACGGGAAGUCCUUCCCGUGCCACCGCGUCGACCAUCUCCUCAGUGCGGUGGAGAGUGAGCUCCAGGCGGGGAGUGAGAAGGGCGACCCCACGGAGAGGGAGCUCACCGUCUCCCUGGAUGAUAAUGAACUCUGGAAAAGGUUUAAGGACCUCACUAAUGAAAUGAUAGUCACCAAGAACGGCAGGCGCAUGUUUCCCGUUCUUAAAGCCAACGUGUCCGGACUGGACCCGAACGCCAUGUAUUCCGUUCUGCUGGACUUCGUCUCUGCGGACAACCAUAGGUGGAAAUACGUGAACGGGGAGUGGGUCCCGGGAGGGAAGCCUGAGCCUCCCACUCCGAGCUGCGUAUCCAUCCAUCCAGACUCGCCAAACUUCGGUGCGCACUGGAUGAAAGCCGCCGUGUCGUUCAGCAAAGUCAAACUCACCAAUAAACUCAACGGAGGCGGGCAGAUCAUGCUAAAUUCUUUACACAAGUACGAACCACGUCUUCACAUAGUGCGCGUUGGAGGUCCACGGAGAAUGAUCACCAGUCACUCGUUUCCCGAGACCCAGUUUAUCGCUGUGACGGCCUACCAGAACGAGGAGAUCACUGCUCUUAAAAUCAAAUAUAACCCGUUCGCUAAGGCCUUCUUGGAUGCAAAAGAAAGAAGCGAUCACAAGGAUAUUCUAGAAGAUGAAAAUCAACAAUCAUCGUAUUCCCAGUUGAGCGGCUGGUUCCUCCCGGGACCGGGCCCCCUCCGCCCUCCUGCCGCUAACCCCCACCACCAGGGUGAAGGUCCCCUCUCUGCCUCCACCCUCCAUGGCUGUCAGAGCUACUCCAGCCUGAGGCACCAUCGCUCCACGCCGUACGGCAGCCCCUACACCCAUCGUGUCGGCUCCCCAACCGGUUAUUCUGAUGACUCUGCUGCCUGUGUGUCCCUGCUGACCGGCCAUGACCACAGCUGGCCCAGUGGACGCAUGCCCCCCCAUCCCUGCAUGGGGCCCAUGUCCCACGGUCACCUCUCAGCCACCGGCUCCAGUCAGUAUCCUAGCCUGUGGCCUAGCAAUCACCACUCGUCCCUGGCCCUGGCGAACCACACCGGGGGAAUGACCGGUGGCCACUACGCCGACGUCUCACACUGCGCGGUAGCGCCCUCUGGUGGCUCCCCGCUGUACGACGGCGGCACUGUUGCCGAGGCGCACGACAGCACACAGUAUGACGUCUCUCUGCACGGUGGCCUACCGUCUGCCUGGACGCACAUUUCCUCUCCUUCCCUCUGAUGGUAGAGCAUGUUCUCUACACAUGUUCUGGUUCUUUAUAUCUGCUUUUAGUCUUUUCCCUGUUUGCUUUUUAAACUUCUUAUUCAUUAAAGGUGAGGUAACUGCCCUACUACGGACCAUGUUACUCACGUCCACUCAAGUUCAGCGCUUCAUAACAACAGUGCUAACCUACUGGAAAUGUAGAUGCAUCGAAUGGCAGGGCCGACCUCAUCUGGAGGAUCCAGGACCUCCUGAAUGCAUCCUUUGUGUGUGUUGCUAAAUGUUGUGUGACGCAACCAAUGACAGUUGCUGGCUGUCCGAUCCCCAUGUUGGUCUCCAGAUGUUAACCUCACCCUUAAAGAUGAAUCUAGGUGCGCUUAUAUUAAGCAUGACCUCAGGAUGAAGUCUCAAAAAAUGUUUUUUAGUGAUGGAGAAUUUGUAGUGUAAAUAUGAACUUAUGUCAGUCAGCUCAAAGAGCUUUUGUAAGUAGGUUAUAGGCUUUUGUAUUGCAAUGAAAAUAAAACCUUGAAUAAAUGUUUUUUAAAAACUAAAUAAAGUAAUCUUACAUAUUUACAAUGACGAAAAAUAAUACUGAAACUUAUUUAUAGUUUAUACAUUAUUCUAGUUACACUAAAGAUUAUAACAUUUUAACUUAUGAAAUGUUUUUUACUUGGGUCAUAAAAUCUCAAAAUUCACACAAAUGUAGGCUACUGUGUUAUGAUUUACAUUUAAACGUAAUGCUAUUGUGUUGCUAAUAGCUUAUCUCUAUCAUUCAGAACAAACCUUGCCCAUAAGAUAUACCAUACAACCCAACAAUUGAAUCAUGAUCAUUAUUUUUAAUGGUUUAUUUUAUUGAUGCAUAAUUUCCUCUAAGAUUCCUAUUCCUUAAAUUCGUAUUGCUUUUAUGACCAAGUGGCAUCCGGCAUUGUCGGUGGGUACAGCAGUGACCAUUACUUACCAACAGGUGUCGCCGUUUCACAUAGUAAACAAAUGGAUUUCUGAUGCAACUCGCUAACAAAGAAGCCCUGUCUUCAUGCAUCAACUGCAUGAAAAUUUGACUAAAAAACCCAA